CCGCUGGGGGGCGCUGUGUGUACGGCGGGGCGCUAAGGGGCGGGGCACCGGGGGCGGGGUCUCUGGCAAGAUGGCGCCGUCCGGGCUGCUGCGCCCCUUCUCGCGGCUGCUGGCCCCCGCCAGGCUCCCGAGCGGCUCUUCAGCGCGGUCGAAGUUCUACGUGCGGGACCCACAGAAUGACAAACCUGACUGGCUGAAAGUUGGGCUGACCUUGAGCACCGCAGCCUUCCUUUGGUACUAUCUCAUCAAACAACAUAACGAAGAUGUUUUAGAAUAUAAGAGAAGAAAUGGAUUGGAAUAAACUUUGGAAAUACUUGUAUAGUGUGCUCCUCAUACAGUUAUAACAGAUGCUCUGGAUUCUCCAAGCUGUCGAGUUGUGAAUGUGAGAGAAUUUAUAUGUAAAUGUAUUUCAGGCCAGCAUUUGUGUUUUGCAUCAUUAAAAAAUAAAAAUACGUAUGUAUUCAAAUAA